AUGCUACCAUCAGGCCGAAGCAACCCGAAGCGCAGGCGACUGGAAAGCAAUGAAUCUGGGGAGAGUGCCAGCGUUGGAUAUGCUUAUCACUACAGCGAGGGUUGGCCACAUUAUCCAAGGCCAACUGCCCCUGUGACAGUUCCUGCACCGAAAGACCUCGAAAACUCGUUUUCCAGCCCGUCGACUGCUCUGAAUCCCCCCUCUGUGCUUUCUGGCAUACCCGCCAGACUUGACCAUAAUUCACCUUGGAGCAAUGCCACGCCAUCCUCGUACCUUCGAGUCAGUCUCGAUUCAUCAUUCCUAUUUUCUGGCAAGGCCGGUGCCCAGGAUUUUUCCGGCACAAUUGUUCAAGGCACUAACAAGAACGACACCCACGACUGGACAGUGUUGACGGAUGCUUUGCUCGAGGAAUCCGACAUUGAGCUUAGUGUGAUCUGUUCUAAAGACCCAUAUCACCCCUCUUCAGAUGUGCAACACAAGGCUUUUAGGCAAUUCGAGAAAGCACUCGACUGCACGCUGUCCAUUACCAUUUAUGGUUCUCUUGAGUUAUUUGAGGAGAUUGGGAGCUUCUUUCAAGAGCACGACGUCUAUUUGCAGGAUCCACUGCACUGUGAUAGACAUGUCCGCUACUGCAAUCCCCAUCGCCUCUCGUCAGCAGACCUGGAAAAAUGCAUUUGGACAUCGGAUCUGGGAAAACCAACGACGCAACUAGUUGAGCUCACUAGUACUGUACCAGCCCCGGAGCUUUUGGACGCCAUAACAUCUGCCCAAGACCUUCCGGAAGCAGACCAACCUCGAGCAAUUCGAACAUCUUUGGCAAGGCAUCAGAAACAAGCUUUAACAUUUAUGCAAAGAAGAGAAGAGGGAUGGGCAUUCAACGGCAAGCAUCCAGAUGUCUGGGAGUAUGUGGAGCAUCGAGUAGGAGAUGGAAGCUUCGUGAAUCGAAUAUCCGAUUCGCAUCAAAAAGAACAGCCAGAGAACUUCCAGGGCGGUAUUAUUGCUGAUCCGAUGGGUCUGGGAAAAACGCUAACAAUGAUUGCUCUGGCGGCGAGUGAUCUGAUGUGGGCAUCAAUGGCUCCCCGAGGAAACAAAGAAUUCGCGUCUGUCGGCCAGACACUGGUCGUUGUUCCACCACCACUGUUAGGUACAUGGGAAGAGCAGUUGGCAGAGCUUAUCACAACGAACGACGCUCAUCAACCCACCAUUGUUCUUACAACAUAUCAUACCGUUUCAGCCGAGUGGAAGAAUGCGGGUGAAUAUGCUCGUUCUGGCAUCUUCUUCAGGCGUUGGCGAAGAAUCAUCUUGGACGAAGCUCAUAUCAUCCGAAACCACAAUUCUCAAAUGGCACAUGCCAUUUGUUCACUCGAUGGGGAUUCUCGUUGGGCCGUCACGGGAACGCCCAUCCAGAACAAGCUCUCUGAUCUAGCGACUUUGCUAAAGUUUUUGAGGAUUUAUCCAUACAGUGACAAGAGGUGCUUCGACGCUGAUUUCACGAAUCUUUGGAAGAACGGGCAAGCCAAUGAGGCACUGAAGCGCCUGAAGCGCUUAGCGGGUUGCUUAAUUUUGAGGCGACCUAGCACCACCAUCCAGCUCCCGGAAAGGCGCGAUCUUCAGUGCCCGGUGAAAUUUUGUCCGGCUGAGCGAGAGCUGUAUCAAGACAUCCGCACCAGAACCAUUGAGCGCCUCGAUGAGUUCUUGUACGCAGACAUUGCUGACGCCCAGAUUGAGGAGAUGCGAAUGGUCUGCAAUCUUGGAUUAUGCUACCGCUCACGCCACGACUUCGUGGCCCAGGAUCCAUCUGCCGAUACCGCCUGGAACAGUGAGAUGGCCCAGCGAGCACUCAAUCUUCAACUGGAAAUGGACCCAGUGCGUUGUGGGGAUUGCAGAGCAUCACUCGAUGCGGCCGUCGGUCUUCUAGGCGAUACUCCAGAGGCACAGGGAUUGCAACAGGCGCUCUUGUCGCAAUGUAUGAAGUUUGUGUGUCCGGAAUGUGUUUUCAGACGUGGAGGCGCACCGCCCAUUUGCCAUCACACUCCAGUAUGCCCGUUCGCCCCAGUAUCCAUCAGUGCCAUCGCUGCCAAGGAAGCGCCGGAGCCUGCCGCUAUCGAAUUCGAAGGAAGGGACUUAAUGUCACCGCAUGAGAUGCCCUCAAAGAUCAAGUCGCUGAUUUUGCAGCUCAAAAACCUCCCCUAUAACACCAAAAGACUUACACUAACUGUCGCCUCGUACGCCUUCCUCAUGGAACCACACUGGAAUCCAACUCUUGAAGAUCAAGCCUUGGCGCGAAUUCACAGAAUGGGUCAGACACGGGAAGUCACCACCGUUCGGUUUUACAUCAGGGACUCGUUCGAGGAGAGGGUAAUGGAAGUGCAAGAAAAGAAAAGGAAACUGGCCACGGUACUGCUAGCACCUCAUGGCCAAGGCGAGGAGGAGGAGGAUGUGGGAUCUCUUCAGCACCUGAGAUCUUUGCUUUGAUCAUCUCGGUUGAAGAAAGAAGACAGAAAACAAUGGAGAGGGGGCAAUUAAGGCAUCGACAAGUAAGGUAGAAAAAGAAAGAACUUACGGAGUCCAAAAAUGACAUGAAAGAGGCCGAUGUUCCGUGAUGUCGCUCCGCGAUUACAGCGCAAACAGGCCUGGUCGUUAGCGGCGCUUAGGCGGCUAGCAACCACUAUCAGCCUAUCUCUCUCCCUCACACUUACGCGCCUUUUGCGAUAACAUGUUAGCAAUUCAUCUCCUACCCACUUCAUUAGUAG